GGGCCAGAGCCCCGCCUCCUCCUGAUUGGGUGGAGGGGUGGGGAUGCUCCUCCCAAGCCCCAGCCGCGGCGUUCGGACUGCGCCUGCUCUGGACGAUGGGGCCACACUGCGCCUGCGCUGCCCUCCAGCUCUGAGAGUGUUGGAGAGAGGGAAGGGGAUGCAAGAGGGAGGGCACUUUGCAAAAUCCCUGCCCUUUCAUUUUCCUCCAAGUUCAGACAAAAGCACAGCGUCUGAUUUGACCCUGACACUCACUGGACCUUCCUUCCCCAGUGCACAACCUCUAAGUAAAGCACUUUAUUCCCUCCCCCACCCCUUGGUAUCUAUGUCCAGGACAGGAAGAGAGGACUUGCACGCACAAAUCUCAAAGCCAACAUCAAAUGAGGAUCUGAAAGAAUCACUCAAUUCAUCAAGACUGGUUAUCGUUGACUCUUGAUGGAGAAAUCUUCGUCUGUCCUAUCUGCCUUGAAAGCUACAGCGAGACUGGAAAUGUACCAACACAUCAAAGUGAAGUGAGGAUAAAGGGGCGUCAACCACUUACAAAGCCUGAAGAAACAUCUCCCCGUUCACCACAGGGAAACUGUGGAAGAGUUCUGUUGUGGGUCGUCGGACUUGGACAGACACGAGGGCAACAUGGAGAAACCUUGGAAAUGUGGAGACUGUGGGAAAGGGUUUAAAGUCCCAUCUGAGCUGGAGAUUCAUCGACGCAGCCACACCGGGGAGAGGCCGUUCAUCUGCUCCGAGUGCGGGAAGGGAUUCACUGAAUCGUGCAACCUCCUCCGGCACCAGCAGGUCCACACCGGGGAGCGGCCGUUCAUCUGCUCCGAGUGUGGCAAGGGCUUCACCCAGUCGUCCCACCUCCUGACCCACCGGCGCGUUCACACCCGGGAGAGGCCGUUCGUCUGCCCCGAGUGCGGGAAGGGCUUCACUCAGUUAUCCAGCCUGCUGCGGCACCAGAUGGCUCACACCGGAGAGAGGCCGUUCAGCUGCUCCGAGUGUGGGAAGGGCUUCUCUCGCUCGACCAGCCUGCUGUCUCACCGGCGGGUUCACACUGGGGAGCGGCCAUUCACCUGCUGCUUGUGCGGCAAAGGAUUCACCGAGUCCUCCAAUCUCCGAAAGCACCGACGCAUUCACACCGGGGAGAGGCCGUACACCUGCUCCGUGUGCGGGAAGGGAUUCACUGAGUCGUCCACCCUGCUGAGACACCGGGGCAGUCACACCGAGUAGAGACCCUUUAUAGAGAUGUGUGGAUCAUAACUGUCUCCGCUUAAAUUAUUUAUGGACGUUGGCGAGGGCAUGGAUUGGAUGGUUCAAUGACUGCACGCAAAGGGGACACUGACUGACAAUGGGGUGGAUGCCAGACGUAUAUACCUGUCAUGU